AUGGUGACCUAUAACCCACAGAGACAACCACGUGACUUCCUAGUCACAUGUUCAUCUGUCUUGUCCCAAGAGUUCCCCGCUCGACCUGCCACCAGUACCUGUGAUGUCGCUGGCCCUUUACUGCCACCAGUUCCUGUUGCUGCUGCUCCUGUACCAGUUCCUGCCAUCGUCGCUCCAGCCCGUGGUAUUGCUGCCCCCACCGAAGGUCCCUCCGGACAGGUGCAGCCAGGCCCUUUUGCUUCAGCAACUGCCCUGGGUCUGUUCUGGAUAGAGGACCUGACGGUGGUCCUGAAGAAGCUGAAGAAGAAGAAGAGGAAGGUGUCGUCGUCUUCGUCGUCUGCAGCCGCCUCUUCCCCUUCGACUUCCAAGGCCUCACGGCCAAGGAAGAAGAAGGCAGCCUCCUUCCCCCAUAAGGAGCCUCGCUCAGAGACCUCUAAGGGUCUGUCCCACUCCAAUGUGAUAGUUGGGGCUUCUGCUGGUCCUCCUGUUCCUUCGGGAACGGGUCCCAUCUCUCCUUCCGCAAGGAAGAAGAAGACGGGGACCGAACAGGUACCGGCUAACAACAGUGCCUCUUCUCCUGGCGCCAGAAGUUCCACCUCGGAACCAAGAACCGUCUCGGCCGCUCAUUCAUGA